UAAUGCCAAAAAGUUUGCGCUUGCCGUUUACAUGCUGUCAAACGAUUAUAGGUCCGUGGAGCGUGAAACAUAGCGUAAAAACUGUUUGCAAACGGGAGGGCUCGGAAUAUGUCCUUUUUGUGGUUUAUAUCGAUAGUGAGUGAUCAUUGCUAGUGCGUUCAAUCCUUUUCUUCCACAAAACGAUUUUAAUUUCCUCAACCCGGCCACGUAAACAUAUCGAAGCGUAAACGAUUUGGCAUUAAUUUGUAAAUUUGCGCGCAAAUUUUCGCUCCGUGUGGCCACGGCUAAUCAGAGACAUGCAUACACCUUGACUAUAGUCAUCUUGGGAAGGAUGCGUGGAUCGUGUGAUUCUUGUCAAACGAGUGUUGGUAAACAAUAAAAUCUUCCGUUUUCCGCGAAGAGGCAACAGAAGGAAUUGGGAACAUUCAGAAUCCGUUUUAGUGGUUUAGAUAUUCCGAGUUUCACUCGUAUUUCGUGAACAUAUUGGCAAUAAGAAGUGUUAAAUCAAUGCAAAAAGAUGCUGACCAAAUAUUGUCGUAUUUGCUUAACUAGCGCCGGUGUUGUUCAUCAGCUCGACGAAGUAGUGCAUAAAUCCCUGACUCUCUAUGCAAUGCUGUGCAAAAUGUAUCCAGAGGCGUUCGCUGAUUAUAAAGGUCAACAAUGGCCAACAAGAGCCUGCGAUAUCUGCAAACAAGCAAUUUUGGAUGCAUACGGGUUGUACGUAGUUUGCAUGUCAACCCUCGAUAUAUUGAAGAAACGGCUGAAGAAAAAACAGCAAGAAUCAAGAACAGAAUUGAAUUUUUCAAGUCAAUGCUUCGCAGUACCUGAUAACGAUGUAGUAGAUUUCACUGCGGCUGCCAGAAAUAAAAGUAACGAAGGAGAUGAUAAGUCAUCUUUAACAAGCGAAGAGGAAGAAAUCGUUUGUCUAAUGGAGGAACAGAUCGACGGAGACGGAGAGGGAUAUUGCAAUGCAAGUUUUUUGUUUAGCGAACAGCAAGGACAUGUUGAGGACGAAAAAGAUAUCGUACUAAAACCACAGAUUGGAGAUACAAUCGAGAUUCCAAACGAAACUGCUGCUUCUUAUAGCCAUGAAAUUGUAGAACUAUCAGUAGAAAUGGAUUGUGCAGCGCCAAACAAUACUAUUUCAAUCGAAGAAGAACAUUUGGAUGAUCCUGAGGAAAGUAUGGAGUAUUUGGAAUGCAUAGAGGAUAGCUUGCGUGUCAACACGUAUCAGGAAAAUGAUGAUAACGGAAUGGUUGAGUGCGGUAUAGCAGAACCAAAAGUAACAGAUACAAUGAUGUAUUCUGGCUGCCUAAAAUACGAUUCCGAUGAAUCAGAAGGCGAAGACGCUUUUGCCGAUAUAUUCUCGUCGGAUAUAUUAAGCUGCGAAUCAUGUCGGGAUGUGUUUUUGGACAAGGCAUCAUAUGAGAAACAUUUGAAACUUCAUAGACUCGGGCGUUUAAUUUGCAAAAUGUGCAACAAGGGCUUCAAUAGUGCAACUACUCUGAAUGCGCAUGAAUGUAGGUAUGAAUCCUCGACCCUAUGUUGGAUUUGUGGUAACACAACGGAUACGGUGAAAAAGCAUAAGAGACACAUGCAAUCUCAUAUGCCAGAAGACACGUGGGCCUGUCAACUGUGCCCUUUACGAUUCAAUUCUAAGACUGUCUUGAAAGGACACGUAAGAACUCAUAAGAAGGAUAGGGGUUAUUGCUGCGAUGUGUGUGGAGCCAACCUCUCAUCAAAGCGUAAUUUGAAAUACCAUCAACGAUCAGUGCACGGAGGAGGUGUAGAGAAGGUGUACAGCUGCGCCCUUUGUGAUCGACGAUUUUCUCUCCCUUAUGCACUCAAGACGCACAUGAAAACCCAUACGGGUCAUAGACCCUAUAGUUGCGUGUAUUGCAACCGUGUUUAUGGAUGUGGCGGAGAUUUAGUAGAACACGUCGCCAAACAUCAUAUUGGCAACGACAAUAUCUACCAAUGUCACCAAUGUGAUGAAGCCUUCCCGAGGAUAAAAGAGCUUCGAGAUCAUUACGAGGUCCAUUUCAGAAAUGGCGAGCAGUUCUAUAACGAAAUACUGACUGAUUUUGGAAAGUUUCGAUUCACUACUAUGGAUCUGCUAAACAUGCGGCACCGAAAAGAAUUGAAAGAAAAGGAGAACCGAAAAAUGGUUGAGUUGAAAUGGUAAUAUCCCAGUUGAUUUUUGCAAAAAUAAUAUUAAUAGAAUUAACUUCGCCAGUAUUGUACCACUUCGUGAGGUUAUGAUAUUACGAGGUUACGAUGUUUUUCCAAAGGAUGCAGAUUGCUUUAUUUUCGUUAUCGUUGGUUAUUUUGGUCUUAUGGAUAUUUGUUUCAAAUGUUCUUGAUAGUGUACACAACAAACACAAUAGAACUCAGUGGAACUACCAGAUCUCAUGCUCUGGUUUAUUAGCUUAAUACUAUCAAGCAACAAAAUUCAAUACAAAAUUAUUGUUUAAUUUAAUAGAACCUAAACCUCGUUUUCAACUAUUAUUCAAAAAGAUUGUUAAUAAAAUCGUAGUAC